AUGAAAGUACCCUUCCCUGCAAACACCCAAAACCCCAAGCCACUUACUUCCACCAUCACCGCCACCACCACCACCACCACCACCGCCGCCGCCACUUACGAGCCGAAAUCCGUCCUCGACCUCCGCCGAAGCCCGAGCCCGAUCUCCGAAAAGCCCGCCCCAGAAAUAUUACCAGACCCCUUAACUGAUCAUGCGCUGAUCAACCAGCAAAUUGACGAUUGGGAUUCUCUGAUGAGAGAAUUGGGCCUGCACGACGAUUCCGCCCCUCUCACCAAACCCAUCACUCACUCAGGCUCUCAACUCGCCCCGACUCAGUACUCAACUCACACCGACUUGCCACUGCCACCUGUCGCCAAUCCCCUUGACCCGGCUCAGUUCCUCCCGGACAUCUCCACGUACCCCGUGGCCGCCAUAAACUCUUUCGACAACGAAUAUAUCGGCUACGACUACGUGGACGAGCUUAUCCGACUCGCCGAGUGCUUCGACACCAACUCGGUCCAACUCGGACACGUAAUCCUUUCCCGGCUCAACCAACGCCUCGUCUCCCCCACGGGUAAGCCUCUCCAGCGAGCCGCCUUCUACUUCAAGGAGGCCCUCCAGUCCCUGAUCACCGGGUCAUCAACCCGGCCGACUCACCCGGCCAACUCGUCCGAAAUCGUCCAAACCAUCAAAGCCCAGAAAACCUUCUCCGCGGUGUCCCCGAUCCCGCUCUUCUCCGCGUUCACAUCCAACCAGGCAGUGCUCGAGGCACUAGACGGCUCCAACAGCAUCCACGUCAUCGAUUUCGAGAUCGGGCUCGGGGCCCACUGGGCUUCCUUCAUGAAGGAAGUGGCCGAAUUAAUCCCCAAUUCGGCUCGGGUGAAGGUGUCGGCAAUCGUCCCCGACGAGUACGUAAACGAGCCGCGGCUGAUUCAGGACAACCUGACUCAGUUCGCGCGCGAGUUGGGAAUCAGAUUCGAAAUCGAGUUUGUGCCAAUCGGAACUUUCGAGUACCUGUCUUUGAAGGCAAUCGACAAACUAUUCGACGGGGAGAGGGUGGUUGUUCUGGUUUCCCCCGGGAUUUUCCGGCGAGUGGGGACGAGGUUUUUGGGGGAGCUGCGCGGGAUAGCGGGGCAGGUGGUGGUGCACUUGGGUGUGGAGGGGUGCGCGGAGUCUGGGACGGGGACGUACAGGCAGGCGGUGAUAGACGGGCUGGAGUUGUACUCGACUGUCAUGGAGUCACUGGAGGCGGCGAAUUUGGACGGCGGAGUGUUUGCUGAGGAGGGCGGGGGUGAGGGGGUUCCAUGUGGCGAGGAGGCAGGGGGAGAUGGUGCUGUGCUGGCAUGA